AUGGCUUCCGUGAAGAAAACUGUUCUCAUCACCGGCAGUACGCGCGGCAUCGGACUCGCCUUUGCUGAGUACUACACCAACGCUGGUUGGAACGUCAUCGGCACAGCUCGCGCCAACAGCAAUAUGGAAAAGCUUAAAGCGCUUGCCCCGUUCAAGAUGGUCACUAUGGAUACGAGCGACGAGGCUUCCAUCCUCGAAGCAUCUCACCAGCUUGAGGGACAGCCCAUCGAUCUUCUCAUCAACAACGCAGGUAUCUACAAGCCUAGUCUCCUGGAGACUGGCACCAAGGAUGCCCUCAUGAGUCAGUUCGAGGUGAAUGCAGUCGGACCUUUCCUCGUCACGCGCGCCCUGCUACCCAACUUACAGCUCGCGGUAGAGGCGAACGGUGGUGCCUACGUCGUGCAAAUCUCAUCAUUUAUCGGCAGCAUCGGCAGCUACACCAGCGACACUGCAGCCUUCUUUAAGCACGCUGGCUACGGCUACUCGGUGUCCAAGACUGCGCUGAACAUGAUAACUCGAUCGCUUGCAUUUGACUUGCAGGCUAACGGCAUCGUGGUCGUGUCAGUGCACCCUGGAUACGUGGACACGGACAUGUCCGAAGGCAAAGGGGCGACGAAGCCAGCGGACAGUGUGGCGGCAAUGACAAACGUUAUCGCCAAGUUGAACCGUAAGAGCACUGGCAAGUUCUUCAACGUGGACCCCCACAUACCCGUGACCGAGAUUCAGUGGUAG